GUACCAUAUUGUGAUUAUAGAGAGGGUGUAGGAGCCGCCAUGGAUAUGCGUCACUCCCCACUCGAUAGAUUCCGCCGACUUGGAACCACAGCGUGUAAACUACUGGCGCUAUUUUAAGCCUCUUGGUUGGGUAUUGCGUGCUACGCAAUCUAUCGUUAAUAAAUUUAUCAUCGAGUCAAAUUUUGAAGUAGCUACGCCGGAGAUUGAUAAUAAUGGCGGAAGAAACCACUAAAAACGACGUCGGAUUAUCUUCGAAAACGAGAAGUUCCAGGUUCUGGCCUUCCGUCCUCCGUUGGAUUCCAACUUCGACGGAUCGCAUAAUCGCUGCCGAGAAGUGCCUUCUUUCCGUUGUUAAGACUCCGUAUGUUCAAGAGUAUGUUAAUAUAGGGUCUGGUCCUCCUGGUUCCAAAGUUAGAUGGUUCCGUUCAUCUAGCAACGAGCCGCGGUUUAUUAACACCGUUACAUUUGACAGUAAACGUGAUUCUCCCACGCUUGUGAUGAUUCAUGGUUAUGGUGCUUCCCAGGGUUUCUUUUUCCGUAAUUUUGAUGCGCUUGCCUCUCGUUUCAGAGUCAUUGCUGUUGAUCAACUUGGUUGGGGUGGAUCAAGCAGACCUGACUUCACAUGCAAAAGCACUGAAGAAACUGAGGCAUGGUUCAUUGAUUCUUUUGAGGAAUGGAGAAAAGCCAAAAACUUGAGCAACUUUAUUCUACUUGGACAUUCUUUUGGCGGUUAUGUUGCUGCUAAAUAUGCACUCAAGCACCCUGAGCAUGUACAGCACUUGAUUUUGGUUGGACCUGCUGGAUUUACGUCAGAAUCUGAUGCAAUGUCUGAGUGGGUUACAAGGUUUCGAGCAACAUGGAAGGGAGCGGUUUUGAACCAUCUAUGGGAAUCUAAUUUUACACCUCAAAAACUGGUCAGAGGUUUAGGUCCUUGGGGUCCUAACAUAGUUCGAAGGUAUACAAGUGCUAGAUUUGGUAGGCAUUCCAUUGGGGAAAUACUCACUGAAGAGGAAUCAGGUUUACUGACAGAUUAUGUUUACCACACAUUGGCUGCCAAAGCUAGUGGGGAGCUGUGCUUAAAAUAUAUUUUUUCGUUCGGAGCAUUUGCUAGGAUGCCCCUUCUUCUCAGUGCCUACGAGUGGAAGGUGCCCACCACUUUCAUAUAUGGUUUUCAAGACUGGAUGAAUUAUCAAGGUGCCCAAGAAGCUCGCAAGCAUAUGAAGGUUCCAUGUGAAAUCAUCAGGGUUCCUCAGGCGGGGCACUUUGUGUUCAUCGACAACCCAACUGGCUUCCAUUCAGCUGUAUUUUAUGCAUGUCGAAGGUUUCUUACACCUGAUCUACACAAUGAAUCUCUUCCUGAAGGGCUAACCUCUGCAUAGGGCACAAUUUUGUGCCAAUCCUCUCUAUAAUAUUUUUUUAGUUUUUUACUAAUUAUAUUUCAUAAUUGAAUGAAGCCAUAAGUCCUGCUUCAUUAAAGUGGAAUUUACUGGAAAUAUUUGUAGGAACAAUGUCAACGAAAACGAUUUGUAGGAGAAAUGUCAUUACUGAACCUUGAUCGGAUUAAAACUUGUUGUGCAAGCGAUGUGUUUAUGCUGGAAAGACAAAUUUAGGAUAUAUUGUAAUAUGGCAAAUAUUUUCACUAGAAAAAUAUCUUC